CCUACUGCUCCCUUCGCCACUCGCGCGGCUUCCACUCCUGGUCUCGGCCUCAAAGCCUCUUCAGCUGUCGGCCCUGGAAGGUGCCCAGCGGCGGCAGCGCCAGACGCGCCCCGUUAGCUCAGCGUCGCUGAGCAGCCGCAGCCGCCACCAGGCCCCGCCCAGCGGCCGCCGCCAGCCAGGCCGCGCCCGGGACAACUGCAGAGCGCGGUGCUCUUAGAGCCUGUUCCAGGUGUGGCUUAAUCCGUCUCCACCACCAGAUCUUUCUCCGUGGGUUCCUCUGCUAAGACCGCUGCCAUGCCAGUGACGGUAACCCGCACCACCAUCACAACCACCACGACGUCGUCCUCGGGCCUGGGGUCCCCCACGAUCGUGGGGUCCCCUCGGGCCCUGACACAGCCCCUGGGUCUCCUUCGCCUGCUGCAGCUGGUGUCUACCUGCGUGGCCUUCUCGCUGGUGGCUAGCGUUGGCGCCUGGACAGGGUCCAUGGGCAACUGGUCUAUGUUCACCUGGUGCUUCUGCUUCUCGGUGACCCUGAUCAUCCUCAUUGUGGAGCUGUGCGGGCUCCAGGCUCGCUUCCCCCUGUCUUGGCGCAACUUCCCCAUCACCUUUGCCUGCUAUGCGGCCCUCUUCUGCCUCUCCGCCUCCAUCAUCUACCCCACCACCUACGUCCAGUUCCUGUCCCACGGCCGUUCCCGGGACCACGCCAUCGCCGCCACCUUCUUCUCCUGCAUCGCUUGUGUGGCUUAUGCCACCGAAGUGGCCUGGACCCGGGCCCGGCCCGGCGAGAUCACUGGCUACAUGGCCACCGUGCCCGGGCUGCUGAAGGUGCUGGAGACCUUUGUGGCCUGCAUCAUCUUCGCAUUCAUCAGUGACACCUACCUGUACCAGCACCAGCCGGCCCUGGAGUGGUGCGUGGCGGUGUACGCCAUCUGCUUCAUCCUAGCGGCCAUCGCCAUCCUGCUGAACCUGGGGGAGUGCACCAAUGUACUGCCCAUCCCCUUCCCUAGCUUCCUGUCGGGGCUGGCCUUGCUGUCUGUCCUCCUCUAUGCCACUGCCCUUGUUCUCUGGCCCCUCUACCAGUUCGAUGAGAAGUAUGGUGGCCAGCCUCGGCGCUCAAGAGAUGUAAGCUGCAGCCGCAGCCAUGCCUACUACGUGUGUGGCUGGGACCGCCGACUGGCUGUGGCCAUCUUGACAGCCAUCAACCUACUGGCGUAUGUGGCUGACCUGGUGCACUCUGCCCGCCUGGUUUUUGUCAAGGUCUAAGACUCUCCCAAGAGGCUCCCAUUCCCUCUCCAACCUCUUCGUUCUUCUUGCCCGAGUUUUCUUUAUGGAGUACUUCUUGCCUCUGCCUUUCCUAUGUUUUCCUCUUCCUGUCUCCCCUCCCUCCCACCUUUUUCUUUCCUUCCCAGUUCCUUGCACUCUAGUUCUUGGAUGCAUCUUCUUCCUUCCCUUUCCUCUUGCUGUUUCCUUCCUGUGUUGUUCUGUUGCCCACAUCCUGUUUUCACCCCUGAGCUGUUUCUCUUUUUCUUUUCUUUUUUUUUAAGACGGAGUCUCACUCUGUGGCCCAGGCUGGAGUGCAGUGGUUCAGUCUUG